AUGACUUGGCGCAUGAUGCAGUGGCUCCUCGCAACGAUUUUCGUCAUUCUUUCUCCUGCUGAGCUGCGUGUCUCGAAGCAGAGCACGACUGGACAGCAGAGUAGCCACCCUGUGCCCCAACCAGUAGCUGAAACGGGUGCCAGACAUUUGCAGGACUGUGAAGUGAUUGGCUGGGCGGAACUUUGUGAACGAAAGAAGUUGACGGCCGGGUCGUGCUUUCAACUCCAGCCCACUGCCGAAGCGCCACUCUGCGAGCUGCAAGGUCCGCACGGGGCGCCGGCGCAGCUGCGGCCAGCGACUGCCGGGAUUCUGACGUUGACAUCCGGGGAGCUACGCAUCACCGGGCAAAUUCAGAUGACUUCUCUCCGCCUGGCAGCCAAGACUGUGAACUUUGCAGAUGCUCACGUCGAAGCGUGGCAUGAAGCUCCAUCGGACCCAAACUCCACAUCUGGUGGCGCCUUUUUCAGCGAGGGGUCAUUCACUUUGACAAGAUCUCGCCUGACAGUGAGAGAUGUUCGGGCUACUACUAUGGAUGGUGGUGGCUUCGCAGCGGGCGGAGACCUGAAUGUGCACCAAGACUCUGAAGUCGUGAUCGAGAACGUUUCAGCAAAGUCUGGUGCUGGUUUCUUCGCCACGGGAAAUGUCUAA